CCGCCAGAGUCUCCCGCCGGCAACAUGGCGGCUCCCUGCAGGUGCGGGGCGCUUUCCUAUCGGCUGUUUCUCGGGGUUAGGGUUAGCCUGGCGCGGAGGCAAGAGUACUGGCAAACCGCAGCGGCUGAGUUGCAGACAGGUCCCGGAUCCCAGCUAUUAAGACUAGUACAUACCACGGUUGUAACAACAAAGAAAAAUGUUCCAGCCAUGAGACAUGAAAUGUAUACAGAGGAAUUUAUUAGAAAGCAGAUUGAAGAGUUCAACAUAGGAAAGAGACAUUUAGCCAACAUGAUGGGAGAAGAUCCAGAAACUUUUACCCAAGAGGAUAUUGAUAAAGCUAUUACUUACCUUCUUCCAAGUGGUUUGUUUGAGAAACGAGCCAGGCCAAUAAUGAAGCAUCCUGAACAGAUUUUUCCAAAACAAAGAGCAAUCCAAUGGGGAGAAGAUGGCCGCCCAUUUCAUUUUCUCUUCUAUACUGGCAAACAAUCAUAUUAUUCAUUAAUGCAUGAGGUAUAUGGAAAAGUAGUCCAGUUAGAAAACCGCAAAGGCCCACUUCCAGAAAAAACUAGAACAAGAGACCUGAUUGGCAGCAGAUGGCUGAUUAAGGAGGAACUAGAAGAAAUGUUAGUGGAGAAACUGUCAGAUCAAGAUCAUAUGCAGUUCAUCCGGCUGCUAGAAAAGUUAUUGACAUUGCACUGUGGUCCUGAUGAAGAAGAAUUUGUUCAGAGGUUCCGCAAAAAUGUAAUGAUGCAGUCUAAAAAGCAGCUGAUUGAACCUGUGCAGUAUGACGAGCAGGGAACGGCCUUCAGCAGGAGCGAAGGAAAAAGAAAAAGUGCAAAAGCAGAAGCCACUGUUUACAAGCAUGGAAGUGGAAAAAUAAAAGUGAAUGGAGUCGAUUAUCUUCAUUACUUCCCAGUCACACAGGACAGAGAACAGUUAAUGUUCCCUUUCCACUUCCUGGACCGGCUCGGAAAACAUGAUGUGACCUGCACAGUCUCCGGUGGCGGGAGGUCAGCCCAAGCAGGAGCCAUCCGCUUGGCCAUGGCCAAAGCUUUGUGCAGCUUCGUCACUGAGGAUGAGGUGGAGUGGAUGAGGCAAGCUGGACUCCUCACUGCUGAUCCCCGCGUCCGAGAACGGAAGAAGCCAGGCCAGGAGGGGGCCCGCAGGAAGUUCACCUGGAAGAAGCGCUGAGGGGAGGCCCUACGGGCAGGAGAAGCUGUGUCUGCGCCUGCCCACCUGCCACGUGGCAGAGUACGAGUCAGAAUGAGCCGUGAGACGGUGUAUUUUUAAAUGCAACUUUGUAAACAUGACUGUAAAUAAACAAGUAGAAUGUUA